AUGGUGAUCUUCUGUGCAAUUGCACUGGGUGGUCUGACAGCACCAUACUUUAUCUACAUGGUGGAGGCCUACAACGUAAAGGCAUGGCUAGCCUUUGGACUCUACAUUGCAUCAGCAUUCAUCCUAUUGGUGCUGGCCGUUAUAGGUCUUAUCUCUGCUAUUAAGAAGAACAGAGGUUUACUCCUUUAUUUCGCAAUGACCAACAUGGUAAUGUUGAUCUUUGGAGUGGCUCAGAUCAUUGUAACAUCAUUGACAUUGACCAACUGUGAUGAUGAGAACAACAACUUCAACUUCCUCUGCUCAAAGAACACAGCUGGUUACUUUGCACCAGUUGCCGUCUUGCUCUUUAUCAAUUUGAUCGCUACUGUAUUCUCACUUGUUCUGCGAUGGAAGUUGGUCAACGACACCAAGGGAGACUACUAUUGA